AUGUUAAUCAACCGAUUUCAACAAAUAACUUUAUCGAAGACUUGUAUUCGUCGGUACAAAUGGACGUAUUCGAAAGUAUCGUCAUGCGGUACACAUCACAUAUGCUUAAACAAGCAUCAACCAUUAUAUCAAAAUCGAUUCCAGAGUGUAUUGCCUUUUCAUUCGCCUGGUUUAGCUCCAGUGAUCGAUCAAACCGGAUCAGCAUACCACAUCAAUGAUCGAGGUGAAAGCGCUUAUUCACAACGUUUCUCUCGGACAUUUGGUUUCUAUGAAAAUCUUGCUGUUGUACAGAAUACCGAUAAAUGGUAUCACAUCACACCGAAAGGAUCAACUGCAUAUGACGCAGUCUGGCAUUGGUGUGGUAAUUUUCAAUCAAACCGAUGUCCGGUGCGAGAUUCAAACCUCCAAUAUUAUCAUAUUGAUCCUAAGGGAAACAUCACCUCAGGUCCACACUCAUACGCCGGAGAUUUUCGAGAAGGAAGUGCAGUUGUUCGCAGUUUAACUGAUGGUCUUUUUCGUGCUAUCGAUGAAAAUGGUGAUCUACUGCAUUCAUUGUCGUCGUUAUCAUCUCACAAGACAAAUUUUCUUGACCUUGAUGUUUAUCAUAAGGGUUUAGCCCGAGCACGAGAUGAAAAUGGUUGGUUCUUUAUUGAUCGUAGUGGUAAAGACAUUGGACAAGGACGUCGAUAUCGGCAAGUCGAGAAUUUUUAUAAUGGACAAGCACUUGUACAGAUGUUACACGAUGGAUCUAGAUGUAUUAUUGAUGAAAAUCAUGAAAUAUUGAAUCGAUUACAAAACUGUGAUGAUGAGAAUUGUGCUGACAUCGAACAGGCAAAAUAG